GAUCCAAACAAACAAUAAUACAAAAAUCUAAUUUAGGCCCAUUUUAUUAAUAUUUUUGUUUCCAUUGUCAGCUUUUUCUUAAUCUUAUGGAUGAAACUGAAGCAGCAUUUCAUUCGGGUGGGCACAAUGUAGUCGGGUCAGGAUUAUGUGAAAGGGGUCUGGAGCAAAAGCAAACCAAUGGUGGUGUUUUGAGAGGGGAAGUUGAUACCUCUGCCCCAUUUGAGUCUGUCAAAGAAGCCGUGACCCGAUUCGGUGGAAUCGGGUUCUGGAAACCCCAUCAAAAAGACUGCAUCCAUGAGAAUGGCAUUGAUGAAGUCUUUGAUGCAGCAAAAGCAGAAGAGCAGGCGGUGCAGUUAGCAAACGAUCUGAUGGUUAAAGAAAGGGAAACACUUCAAGUCUUGAAAGAACUCGAAGCAACAAAAGUGACUGUUGAAGAAUUGAAAUUGAAGCUGCAGAAAGAAUCAGCUAAAGUCAAUGAAGCUGUAAAGGACGGACAUUAUGAAAAACCAGCAAGGGGGGAUGACAAAAACGACUUGGAAUCAGACUUAAAGUGUCCUUCUUCGGCUCCAGGAUUCAUCUUGAUGGAAUUAAAUCAAGCUAAACUUAACCUAACACGAACAACAACUGAUCUUGCAGAUAUUAGAGCCAUUGUGGAAACAUACAACAAAGAGAUUGAGAAAGAAAGAUCUGAACUUGAGAAAACCCGUCAAAGAUUAUCUUCAAAUGCGUCGAGUAGUUCACCUUUUAAAGAAGAGAUUGACUUUCCUAGGGAGCUUCAUAGAUUGACAUCAGAGACAGAACAAUUCAAGAAAGUAGGAGAGGUAGCUAAAUGUGAAGUUGUAAAAGCAACGAAUCAAAUCAAACAAACAAAAAGAAAGAUUAAAACAGCUGAAAUUCGACUAAUUGCUGCUAGGAAGUUGAAGGAAGCAGCGAGAGCAAGUGAAGCUCUUGCAAGGGCUGAGCUAAAGUCAAUAUCAAAAAGUCAAACUUUAUCUGAAGGCGAAGGCGUGACUCUUUCUUUUGAAGAAUACAUGUCUCUAAAGUUAAAAGCUCAAGAGGCCGAUGAAGCUUUAGUUAGCCAAGUCAAUGACUCAAUGGUUAAAGUUAACAAAUCGGAGUUAUCUAAGUCAGAAAUCUUGAAUAGGGUCGAUAAAGCAACGGAAGAAGUGAAACACAGCCAGAGGGUUCUUGAAGAAGCUUUGAGUAAAGUAGAGGUUGCUAAUAAAGGCAAGUUGAAAGCAGAAGAAGCACUUAGAAAAUGGCGAUCAGAUCAUGGUCAAAGAAGAAAGUCAACAGUUCAAAACUCAACCAAGUUCAAGAAUUCCUCAAGCAAGGCCAAUGCUCGUUUGUUGGAUGUCAAUGGAGCCAAUUUGGGAAGUAAUGUGUCGGGUCCUGUUUUCAGGCCCACGAUGUCGAUUGGGCAGAUUUUGAGCCGAAAGUUGCUAUUAACAGAUGAAUAUUCAGAAAAAAGUGAGAUAAAAAGGAACGUUUCUUUGGCCCAAAUGUUGAGCAAACCUACUAAUGUUAGCAAUAUCAAUGGUGGUGGUGACGAUGGUGGCAAUGGGAAGCGCCGUUCAGGAAAGAGGAAGAAGUUUGGAUUUGGUCGGAUUUCAUUUCUGGUGACAAAACCGAGCAAGAAGAAGAAGAAACCUUGCAUAGGUUCGCGACACUCAUGCACCGAGGAUUAGAAUAUUUUGUGUGUUGUAGUCUCAUGCUAUAAGAUGUGUAUGAUUUGUUUGAAAUGUGGGUUGUGCUAGUUAUGAAGUUAAAGACUGUCUUAGUUGUCUCUUCUUUGUCAAAAAAGAUAUAGUUUCGAGUAUUUAUGAUCUUGUAAAUCAUAUAACUAAAAACAUCAGAUUGCAAUUCUACAUCAAAUGUUCUUUUU